AUCUCACUUCACUCACUCUUCCCCUUGAGGUCGAAGUGCAGAGUGGGCCAGUGUCACACCACCGAAACACUUCCAACGAACACAACUUUACCGCAUCACUAUUUUCGCCUGCGCGUGUCAUCUCAGCUGACCGGAGGGGGCAGACGGGUCUAGCGAGGCCCGGCAGGACAAAACAAGUCCGCCAUCCGCCAGUAUCCGAGUCGCGCUGAUAAAGUCAACAUCACUCGAUCUGCCCAUCAGCGAGCGCGUCGUUCACUUGCCGCCCAACUGAUCGUUUUUCGAGGCUAAAGCCGCCUGCCACAAAAUGCCUACCGCGUUGUCCCAGAACGGCGUUGCGGCGUCGAAGAGCAGCAAGACGGUCGAUGCGUGUGUGACGAGUGAGGCGGCCGGCAGCGUCAAGAGUCGGCUCACCUACUCGACCAGGACCUCCAACAGGAACGAGAUCCGCGUGGGCAGGGAGUCGAAGCCCGACCAGGGGCUCUCCUACGGAGAUGUGGCGCUGGAGGCGCUCCGCAAGUGGCAGCACCGGACCAAGCCGGCGCAGAUCGAUGCCCACUUCGGCACGUCCAUGUCGUUCCGAGAGCUGCUGCUGCAGACGAUGUACGCCACCGAGGGCUUCAAGGCCAUGGGGCUGAAGCCCAAGGACGUGGUGGCGCUUGUCUCCCGGAACUACCACGAGGUGUUCCCGGCCGUGCUGGGGGCCGUGUGCGCCGGGCUGAGUGUCGCCUGCGUCGUGCCCUCCGGAACCAAAGCCGAGAUGCAGCACGCGCUGAACCUGACGCAGCCUAAGGUCGUCAUCACGGAGCGCGAUCGCAUUCAGACCGUGAUGGACGCCUACCCGGGCGCCAAACACGUCAUCCUGAGCGGCGAGGCCCCGGAGGGCGUCGAGACGUUCCUCAACGUGCUGCGGAUGGGGGAGGGCGUCGAGCCCCGGCCCGACCCGGCCACCUACCGCGCCGUGGAGCUUGCUGACCGCAGCCAGCACGUGCCCUUCAUCCUGUACUCGUCCGGGACGACAGGACAGCGCCCCUAA